CGCGUCGCGAACCCCGGGCUUUGCCCUCGAAGAUGGCGGCGUGAGCGCGCGCCCGCGGCCUCCGGCGGUCAUGCCGCGAUGGCCAGAGAGAUCAGACAGAGGGGCCGAUCGCCCGACUGGCUCUAGUUGUUCCAUUAGGAUAGUUUAUUAUGAAAGUGCUUAUUUACAAUUACACCUCACACGUCUUCGAUGUAUUUUUAUAAAGUUUUACUUGUUUCUAACAAAUUAUAGACUGAAUUGUGCGGACAUUAGUGAAGUGUGAGUUUCAUCAUGAUUGUCGAAAUUCAAGAGGAGGUUAGAGGAAAGAGGCCUUUCAAGAUAUGGGAUAGCUCCCGGAACGUGAGGAAGGGAUUGGUUGUAACGAGUUUUGAAGAGUUAAUACACAGAGGAAAAGAGAAGUUAUCAGUAAGUGCGAGCGAACCGGUGCGCUUGGUGUUGGAGAGUGACGGCACUCAGGUGGAGGACGGAGAAUACUGGCGGACGCUCCCCCCCAACACUGUCCUGCUACUGCUGCGGCCGGGCGAGAGAUGGUACCCUACCGGAGUAGAUGUAAUAAAGGCUGCCAUAUCAGCGAUCCCAAAGAUAGUAUGCGAAACGAUCCAUGCGCUCGAGCUUCACGAUGAGACUCCUUCAUGGAAGAUCAUGGACAACAAGGGGCGCGUCACCGUGGUGCUGCACUGGGACCAGCGGCCGCAGGGUUCGCCGGCCGCUCGCUCGCCGUCCCGGCAGCCCAAGCCGGACCGGCGGCCCUCGCUGGUGAUCCAGACGUCCGUGGAGCGCGCGCCACCGCCGCCGCCACACAUCACCGUCGUCAACCACGACGAGCCGGGCGGUGCGCGCGCGCGGCUGGCCCGCGCCUCCUCCUCGCUCGAGCACCACGUGCACACGGCCGACUGCCGCGCUGCACCCGCGCCGCCAGCCGCGCAUCCACCGCAUCGCUCCUCCACCGAUGAGUGCGACUUUCACUGUUGCGCUCUGCACGAGGAAGGUCGCCGCAUCGCCGUUCACAAGAGUGUUGCGACUUCACCCAUCCAAGAUGCCCAGCCUCGGGCCUCACCGCAAGGUCGGCCCAAGGGGCACGUCCGAUUUUUAGACGCCGAAUCGGCCCGGAGAGGUGACAGAGAUUCGUCCGAGAGCGAGACAGAGAAUACGCUCGUCGAAGAUGAAGCUGUGACGUCAGAAAAGUUCCUUCUCUUGAUAGACCAGUUGAGCGUCGACCAGAAGCGGCAUCUCACGAUAAAGGAUAUAGGUAUCAUAUUAGAGAGAUUGAGCUCCAAGAUAUUAGAUGUGGAGAGACUGGAUCGCGAGUCGGAGUCGGAUGAUUGCUACAACUGGACAAUUAAGGCUACGAUCAGAGGUGACGCGUUGAGGGAACUAGGAGUAAUAUACAAUGGGAAUUACUACGCUAUCAGUGAGCACCCGGGCUACCGGGAAGAGAACGAGGAGGCCGGCGACGAGGGUGAGGAAGAGGAGGAGGAAGAUAGACUCUGAUCGGGUCUGUGCGGCGCCGGCGUGCCCGCGGCCGCGCUGCGCCUGGCGUUCUGCCGCGUGGCCGCGCGCUGACGGCCGAGCGCCGCACGGACCUGACACACUGACCCCGGCGUCCCCCGCGCCUUGUGACGUACUGUUCCAGUUCGGGAUGGAUACUGCGAACGACGUCGAUAAACUUUUGGAGGAAAAAUCCAAUAUUCUACAGCACCUUGGCUGAUUUGCAUGGCACUGUCACAAUAGCCUUCGACAGGAAGAAGACUCAAACUUGAUAAAUGUUCCAACUUUCUGUUUAUCAAUAGAGAAAGGGAAUCGAAGCUAUCUCCCCCUUGGGCAACGCUUGGGCGGUAUACUUCCAAAGCUCGUAUACGAGCGACACUAAAGUUAUUAGAGACUUUAAUAAAUUUAGUCGCGGCCGCCUCGGCACCGCGCGUAUCGUCAUGGCUGCGACGCGAAUGCGAGGCGAUGUCGAGGCCUAGUUAAUUAAAUAGUGAAAUUAUUAUAAGAAACGAAUUCCUAUCGAUAUCUAAGAAUUCUAUUAAUAAAAAAAAAUGAGCAAGCUGUAGAAUGCGGUACUCCGACAAUUAUAGUAAACGCGAGCUACAAGCUCGCUCAUAUAUUAUACCUUUGUGUAAGUAUACUAAAGAGUGAUGGCUAAUAUUUGGCUGUUUGUAUGUGAAGCUUGUGUAAGUAAACAUCUAACAUGUGGACCGCACAAGUACUCAAAUGUAUCGAUAUAGCUCCCAGUAUUACUAGAUAAAUAAUAAAUAAUAUAACAUGACCUCAGACUAAACGAAUAAGAAUGCAUGCGACGGACAUAUAAUAUUAGUAAAACGAGGUUAAGGUGUUAAGGGCAAUGAUGUGUGUAUGUGUGUGUUUCACGUCAGGAUGUGUAAAGUAUUGGCAAGAGUUGGAAAUGCCCCUUUUUGUCUUUACUCUGGAUAGAAAAGAAUAGGGUUUCCACAAACAUUUUCUAGAACGACAACGAUUAAUAGUACACUAGCACGAAGAGCACGAAGAUAUAGAUGAAGAAUGAGUUAUCGUUCUUGUUCUUUAGCCUGAGAGUAAGACUUAGUAUUAGUUAACGACGAACUUCAUAUUUGUAUUAAUUAUCAAUCGUAUUAAGUAAAAAUAUAAUGGAAUGUCUAUCACCCUCUGUCCGACCUCAGAUUGUGCCAAUUAUUUAAUUUACAAUCAAUACUUUAUUUCUAAAUAGUGCCAAAUUAUAGCUUAGCUAUCAAUACUUAUAUUAUAUUUAUCUAUUAUUCUUUAUUAUUGUGACUACUCUGCACAUGUCAGAAGAUCGCAUUACAUCUAUAACAAUGCAACUGAUAUUGUCCGUUAAUGUAACGUUGUGAAAACACAGUAAUUUUUGAAGUGAAACUUCUUUGCGCGCAUGAGGGUAAAAAAAUUUUUACGGAUGAAACGCAAUAAGGUGAGACGAAAAAGACGUUUUUGUCCAAGAAGAAGGAGAGUGCGAUUGAGACCGAUUGAGAGAGAGUGAGAAAGGGCGAACGUACCAUGAAACACAUAGCCAUGCAUUUCAGUUAUUCUCUUUUCAAAAUUUUCAUAAAAAAAUACUUAAUAAUUUCUAAUAGUGACAAAAUACACUAGAUUUUGAGAACAGAUUAGUAUAAAGCUGAGAAUUUAAAAUUGGUUUGCCAAUGAAGUUUCAUUUCUGACAUGUGUAGGUACAUUUUACGCACGCAAAUUUUUGAUUGACGCUCACAACUCUUCCUAAAUAUUAGGCUGCUCAUCAAAAUUGGUAUUUUUUGCCAGUUGAUGUCAGGUGUAGCAAAAUGUAGCUAAGAGUGUGACAUCGAUGUGGCUAAUUUAAAAACCUAAUUUGUAGAGCUCUAUUAGGCUAUUUUCUGCAAUAUUAUUUUCUUAAUAUCUCCAUCUCUAGUUACAUGUAGACCAUAGACUAAUAGAAGAGAACAAGACGGAUGUACUUGACUCUAACGAGUGAUGACUUACUCGCCUAAGCGGUUCUUGUUCAAGGCCGGUUCUGAAUCGCAAUAAAUAAAAGUCACAUUGGCCAAUAAUGUAUACUUAGACAUUAUAUAAGUUAUAACUACAAUUUUAUGAAUAAUUUCAUAUAUUUAACUCAACCAAUGAAAGAGGGGGGGAUCUGGUUGGAACCACGUAGCACACUAGAUUUUCUUCAGCCUCAGUUCAAUUGUUUGACAAGUACGUCUAGUAUUUCGUCAUGUUCUUCUAUAAGUCUAUGGAUGUAAUGAAAGAAAUUAUCUACAACUCUGUGCUCAUGAAAUUUCAGAAGUUAUAUCUGAUAGCUUCAAGACAAUUCGAUGUACAGUACUUAUUUCUUGGCACUUGUUUGCAUUCAAUUGUAUCGAUCACAGUAUAAAACGGAGCCGUUAAGGCUGCUGUAACAAUAACUAGCUGAAUAUUUUAUGAGGCAAUAAAUAGGUAAAUAUAUAAGUACCUACAUCCUUGGAACCCGGUCUUGGAGGUACAAUGUAACAAGUGCCCACAACCCACUCUGUAAGACUGAGUCAACGACCACUGACAGGAGUCAUGCCAUGCCCACUGACCUCUGCUAUUUACCACUGGACUAGCGGCUGUCAAAGAGCUUUAGUGCCUGUUUCUUAUUCGCCAUUUUGGCGCUGUUGGCCAUGUAGCGAGAGUCAGCGGUACUAAAACUAGUGAUGACAACCUCAGCAAACAUCGAUAGAUGGUGAGAAACUAUUUACAAAAAAAAAAUUGUAAUUUAUUACAUUGAUUCUUGAAGAAUAAUUUACACGGAAAACGAACAAAAUGAAUUCAAAAUGCAAAAAGUAUUGUACGUUCAGAGUUUUGUACGUUCCUUCGCAGCCAUUUGUAUUAUACGUCAAAAUUACUUCUCUGGACGCUCGCGAGUGGCGCUUCAAAAAGGCACAAAUAAUUUGCUGUCAAACAUAUGGAACAGCCUGUCCAGUGUUAUUUAUACAGGACAGUGGCCAUGCCCCAGCUUUACCGUGAUCGAAUCUGUUUUAUAUGAGACUGGAAUUGGAUAGUGUGAUUUACAUUCGACGAAACUAAAGGAUGAGCCCCGCUUCUCUUAUCUCUUGGUGGCGGUGGCUCAAGUUUGCCCCUAGAUAAUUAUAGAGCCCUUUUAAUUGUAAAUUUAGGGCCUCGCUCCACAUUGUGGAGGUCUACUAAAUUUUGUUAAAUUAUUUGGUGUAACAGUAUAGUCGUAUUAACAUUGGAUGGAUCUUUUGAAUGAAAUCAAAUAUUGAGAGCGGCCCUGUUAAUGAACGUUGACUUAGAAUAACCCAAAAUUAUUUAUAAUUGAUUAUAAAAGUAAUAAGUACUCAAUAAUACAAUUUGUCAAAAUAUGUGCGUGUUUGUAAAAGAAUACAACACUAGAACCAUGCAUGCGAUCUUAUGGCUAUAAGCGAUUUCCGAGUGACUAAAUUUUAUAUACUUAAAUAUUAUAUAUAGAUAUAUAGUGCCAUAAUAAUUUAAUCGAUAAAGUAAUCGUUAAAGAAAGGUUGUAAUUAAUGUACGACUAUGACGUCAUCACAUUGCGCAUCGCCAGUCCUUGUUAUACAUUCAUAAAUGAUCAAUCUAUAUCGGUAUAUGGUUCCGAAGAUCGACAGCGGCUGUGUUGCUACAGUGCAUUAUAAGUACCAUCGUACCAGGCCUGUUACUUGACUAACUCAGCCGAAAUUGUGCAAAGAAUUAUGAUGAAAAUGAAUACCUGAGCAAACAAAUGCGGGAAAUACCCGCGCAAAGUGUUUUUUGAUAUUUCAUGUGUAUGGGACAAACGAAAUUUCAAAACAACGACACAAAUAAUGAAAGAUAUACAUUAUAAAAAACAGUACAAUGUGCCAUCAACAAUGUAGACAGUAAGAGGUACUUCACAUUUCAAUAAACAACUUUUAGUUAGGACUCGGACGGUUGAUGCCCAACGAUAACUUCGUUAAUGUAGUCCGAAACCUAAAAAAAUAUUUGGACUUUCUAAUAACUCGAUACAAACUGGUAUUGGGAUUUCAUUUGCUUGAGUAACCUAACUGUUGUAAUAUAUUUUGUACGCUAUCCAUCCCCAAAAGUUGUUCUAAAUUCAAAUAUUUACAAACAUUAAAUUUGUACAUUAGGAAGUGAGGGAUAUCACUUAAAAAUAAGAAACUUUUUAGAUUUGCAUGAGCGACAUCUCAAGUCAUUUUCCUAAUAAGCAAUUAUUGGGGUUGAGCAGGCUGUUAACUGUAAAGUAGAACCAGUAGAUGGAGCCACAACCUGAGAGUUAUACAAGACAUUCUAAAAUUUCGGUCAAUGCGUCACUCGGACGGUUAGCUCAGACGGUAAGAGCGCUCGGACGGAACUCGAAAGGCGCGGGUCGAGUCCCUCAUCGUCCAUGAAUUAUGGUACAAAUUAAAUUUAUACUUGUAUACCUGAUACAGUAUUUGCGCUUUAGUAUUAGCACACGAGUAAAUUAAAUUUAGUAGCAAAAAAAAUAUAUAAAUUAAAUUUACUCAUGUGGUAUCAGAGGGUACAUAUUUGUGAAGGGUUGGCGGCAUGUAUCACUUACUAUGAGGUGAUACUAAAAAACCUCAUAUUAUAAUCGUAGCACCUGUACCAUAAUAUGAGGAAAAACCUUAAUACUAUCUAUAUCUCUAUAAUAGAUAGCUAUUUAUUUAACCUAUUUAAAUAAUUUAAAAGUUAUAGUG